CCCGGCCUCGCCGUCGUCAUUGCAAACGCGCGCCUGCAAUCGACUGCAUCCCGCUGUGCGCUGGCCUUGCAUGACCCUCGCCCCCGGGACAUCUCGCCAGUAUCGGAGACGAGCUGCCGCGCCGACGCAGCCGUGUAAACAAAGCCCAACAAAGGCCGCCCGCGCAUCGCCUGCACCCCGUCGCCUGCACGACUCGCAGUCCCCGUCGCUGUACCGCAACUCACAGUCCCUAUCGCUAUAUCACGCCCUGCAUCCACCAGCAUGACGACCCGCGCCGAGUCGCCGCCAGCGCUGGCUACCACCAAGCGCAAGUUCCACAAGCUGCUCGACAACCUCACCGCGAGCACCUCGACCGCGUCGCUCAACAGCAGCCUCUACGAGUCCAGCCACAAUGCAUCGACCGGAUCGCUGUUCCGCUCUGGCUCGCCCGAGCCUGUAGCGAAGCGCCCGCGCAGCUCCGACUCCAUCGUGGACCGCCAGCGCCAGGUCUCCGAGGGCCAGGCGCGCAUCCAGGCGCUCAAGGACCAGCUGCUCACGCCCAAGCGCAAGGGCACCAUGCGCGUGGUCGGCACACAGGCGCAGCAGCUGGCCUCGACGCCGCGCAAGGCGCCCAACUUCCAGCCCUACAGUCAGGAGCUGUUCCUCGCCCGGCUCAAGACGUUCGCGGACGUGCGGAAGUGGACCUCCAAGCCGGACGCCAUCAGCGAGGUCGAGUGGGCGAAGAGGGGCUGGACCUGCGACACGUGGAACACGGUGGCCUGCAAAGGCGGCUGCGAGAAGCGCGUGGCUGUCAAGCUCCGGCCGAAGCGGAAGAGUGCCGACGGCCAGGACAUUGAGAUGAGCGAGGAUGUCUCGCACGACGUCGAGCCCUCCCUCGUCUCGCGCUACGCGGCAUUGAUAAUCGACGGACACUCAGAAGACUGCCUGUGGAGAAAAACCGGCUGUCAAGACGACAUCUACCACAUCCCCAUCGCCAGCCGCGCCAAGUCCUCCGCCGAGCUGAUCUCGCGCUACAACUUCCUGCUCGCCAUCUCCCCCGACCUCCCCCUCCCCCAGAACAUCACCUACCCCUCCCCAUCCGUCGAGACCCUCCUCUCCCGCCUGCCCCCGUCCCUCUUCACCUCCAGCACCCCGACCACCCCGCCCUCCACCCCCGCCGAGCGCACCGCCUUCGCCUUCGCCCUCUUCGGCUGGACCGGCGUGCGCAGCUCGCGCAUCGCCCUGGCCGUAUGCAACCACUGCUUCCAGCGGUUGGGCCUGUGGCUGAGCGCCGACGCGCGCCUGCGCGAAAUGAGCAGCAAACUCGACGUGCCCCCGGAGUCGCUGCGUUUGAACCUGCUGGAAUCGCACCGCGAACACUGCCCCUGGAAGAACGCCACCGUGCAGGGCAACCCCCCCGACGGCCCCAUCGCGCACAUGCCCGCCUGGCAGACGCUCGAGUACAUGCUGCUCGGCGCCCGGCACAAGGAGCUCCCGCGCCUCCCCGACACCGCGCACGCGCACGCCCACGCAUCCCACCCGCGCAACUCCGACUCCGUCGAUCUCGGCAGCGACGCGACGUUCCCGCGCGACUCGGCCGAGAGCGCGCGUGAACACGGGUACAACGACGAAGGCGACGCCGAGAGUCUGACGAAUAAGUGGCGCAAGUUCAAGGCUAAGCUGAAGCGCAGCACGAGUAAGCGCAGUUUGAAGAGCGUGAAGAGCGCGAAGAGUGGGAGGAGUGCGUGGUCUGGGAGGGGCGAGGGGGAGGGGGAGGAGUAG